AUUCACCUUACGUCUGAAAAAAAAAAACAAUGUGGUUUCUGUCUUUACUGAUUAAGUAAUUUUACUUUCGUCUCGUUUUAUCAUUGAUAUUUCACCCGCUGAAGGUGCCUAAAGUGGUACGUUUCUUGAAAAGUGACUCCAAAGACAAUCUGUUAAGUAACAUUGGCAUCUGAAAUAACCUACAAUCCCGUUUAAUUUGAGUCUGAGCCCUGUUAUCUUGCUCAUUUGCAUUCAGUCCUCUGGGUAUACAACCGUCUCAUCUCGACCUCAUCUCCCUGAAUCAUGAGGUGCUCUUCUUUUAUUUAUGGAAAUCCAGUGGAGUAAGAUCCCAACCAUCUGUUGCUCUUCACCUCCUAGUGCACUCAAAAUGCCAGUAUCAAAUUCAUCAUGCACAAGUCAGUCUCAGAAGUAAGCUCAAUUCACUGAAUCCUCCGUCUAUGCUCGAACGAAGACACUCUUAUGCAUUGGUACUAUCCUGCAAGUGUCUGACGUAGUGACUGUUUGUAUUCUGGUGAUCAAACUGUCCUAUUAGUUCCUAGACUAUAGUUAUUCUUGCUGCGCUUAUUAAAGACGCCGGGGGACGAAUUCAAAUCUUUGGAAAGUAAAGCCAUCAAGUCUGAAUCUACAUGGAUACGCUCUCUUGAAGAGGUGAUGCUAGUGUUUUGAAGACCAAAGUGAAGGUCGCAAGCAUAGAAUGACCUCUUUUUUAACGCCAAAUCGCCAUGGCUACUCAGUACGGUUUUCCCCAUUUGAUGGAAAAAAAAUUGUGGUUGCUACUUCUCAGUAUUUUGGGCUCGCAGGAGGUGGAACGCUAUUUGCGUUGCAGGUGACACCAGAUGACUCUCUAGUAGAGGCGGGCAAAUUUGAGUGGCCAGAUGGCUUGUUUGAUGUGGUGUGGAGCGAAACAAACCCUGAUCUUGUUGUCACAGCUAGCGGUGACUGCUCUCUCCAGCUUUGGAACCUCUGCCAAGAUCCGUUUCCUGUACAAAUUUUCAAGGAACACAAAAAAGAAGUUUACUCAGUUGACUGGAGUCAGACACGAACUGAGCAGCUCAUAUUAUCUGCAUCUUGGGAUUGCACGGUAAAACUGUGGGACCCAACUCGAAAAGAAUCACUCGCCACUUUUCCUGGUCACUCGCAGCUUGUAUACAAUGCUAAAUGGUCACCCCAUGUACCAUCUUGUUUUGCGUCUGUAUCAGGUGACGGAACCUUGCGAGUGUGGAAUGCACAGCUUCCUCAGCGAGCAUCGAUAUCUUUCAAAGUUCAUGAUGCUGAAGUCCUAAGCUGCAGCUGGUGCAAAUAUAAUCUCAAUCUCCUGGCCACAGGUGGAUCGGAAGGUCUGAUACGAGGCUGGGAUUUGCGGAACCCCAGUUGUCCUAUAUUUGAACUCAGAGGCUGUGAAUAUGCUGUGCGACGAGUGCAAUUUUCUCCCCAUCAGGCAUCUCUUUUAGGCUCAGUCUCGUACGACUUCACCACGCGCAUUUGGGAUAUCAACCAAUCACCAAGUGCCAUAGAAACAAUCAAGCACCACUCUGAAUUUGUCUAUGGUUUGGACUUUAAUAAUCUCGUGGAAGGUCAGAUUGCUGAUUGUGGCUGGGAUUCUUUAGUGCAUGUAUUUAGCCCUUCAUCAUUACGCGAUAGGGAACAACGAUAACUUCUGCCUAGAAGGCACUAUUGCUGCUAAUUAGUUCCAAGAAAUUUUCGUUCCCCUUGGGGUAGCAUUUUUCUUUUUCAAAGCCCACAGUACUCUUAAAUCAUAAAAAUAUCCAAUAUUUUCAAGAGUACCUGUAAAAUGGAAGUUUUUCUCUGAAAAUUUGGGCAGCACCGUUGUCCUAGUUACACAAAUGCAAAGGUAAAUGGUACUCUGGACCAAGAGUGCAAAAUGUUCACAACUGAAAGACUGACAGUUCAGGAUGUGGUUGUUACCACAAAUUGAAAAGCUGGAGGGCUCUUUUCUUUCUUGGAGCGUCGGGGAAUGAUGUAUUUAUGAGUUAAAGUCACACAGAAUGAUGCAUUUCCUUUGAAUCAGGUUGAAAAGCAGAUAUCCUUAGAGUAGUAGCAGUUGUGUUGAGGCAUAGUCCUUAAUAUUUUUGGUUGUACAAAUUCUGCACUCAAAGUGGCCCAACAUGGAGAGGUGCAUGUCUAUGAGAAAUGUAAAAUGUUAGGAAUUUUACCUGACUCUUACCAAAUUUUGAAAGACGAAGAAGAAAAAACUAGAUUCUAUUUCAGAUAAGUUUACCUCCUGACUUUACCAAAGCAGAUGAAAAGGGUAAAUCCAUCUGAAAUGAGGUCUAAAAAUUUAGUAAGAAUGCUCAGAAAUAAAUAAAUUUUUCAUUGAGUCAUUUCAUUUAAAGGAGGCUAUCGAACAAAUUAUUGUAAACUAGCUAUGUAACAUGUGCUGCUGUAUGCAUGCCAAGCCAUGGAAAAGACUCAAUCCUGCUAUACGAGAAGGACAAGUGAAAAAAGGGGAAUGCUCCGCACUUCUGUUUCUGAACCAAGUCAAAGACCUCUCCUCUAAAAGAGUAGGGUUUUAUAAAUUCACUCUUUCAGCAUUGAACAGAUUUUCUACUCCACAUUGAUACACCUAUCUCAUUGGUUAGCAUCUGCAAAUUUGCAAUAAUGUGAUAUAUUUUGAAGAAAGUAUAUGGAAACUCAGACAUUUUAGUCGAGAGUGUUUAAGAUAACGACUUACAUUUUUUUAAGUCAGAAGAUUCGUUGGAUCUCAAUUGUGUAAGUAAUGGAUAUUUUCAUGUUCUCAUUUAUGGAGGUAUUAAUUCAUUUGAUGAAAUUAAAAUACCUAUCAAAGAAUAAUUCCAGAAAAUGGACAAGCUAAAUGUCAAAAAAUGUUAUGUUCGCUCUACAGCUAAAAAUAGGCAACAUUGUUGCUGCUUGUUGUCCAUGGUACUUGACUGUUGUGCCCCAUUGUUGUCGAGCUUGUAUCUUUAAAAAAUCGGCUCAAUAAACCAGCAUCCUUGCUUUCAUUU